UUUGGUGUUAAUUGUGAAACUUGAACUUUUACAAUGUUCUGCCUCCUUGGAGUUAUUUUCUUCUUUUCUUUGACAACUUUACAAGCGUGCCCUGACCCAAUGACAAUCCACAUCCACAACAGCGACCGAGCCAUCAUCCUGCAUUCAAAUGACUGCGAUCAACAACCCCGUUACCAUGGCAACCAAUAUACCACAAACAACUGUGAACCUGACUGCAGAUGUGUAUCAAAACAGAAUUAUUCUCCGAGUCCCGUGACGUCAUACCCGACACCUACUUGUUACUGCUGUACUCCUGUUUACGGUUGCCCAACGCAGUACCCAGCAACCAAUACCGGUUCAUAUGGUUGCUCUGAACAGUUUCCGGUAGGUAAUGCUGGUUCGUGUGGUUGUCCAACGCAGUAUCCGGCAACCAACGCUGGCUCGGUUGGUUGCUCUACGCAAUACCCGCCAACCAAUGCUGGUUCGUGUGGUUGCUACCCGAUAAGAGACGUUCCGUCAUGCGGUGGAUUCGAUCGUGGAUACUCAACGUAUUAUUAAUUUCAUAUUCAAUCAUCAUCAUCAUCAUCUCAGCCUAU